UUUCUAGAGGCUCUUUCUUGCCCCUCCUCCCACAUCGCUCCUGCUGCCUGAGCUUGCUUCCUUCUGGAGCUGCCUGUACUUGGGAAAGAAUUGAGCUGUUCCCCUCCACCGACCCCCGCUCCCUGCCCCUCACUGCUAUUGGAAUCAUCCCCAGUUCCUUUUCCAAACCUUUGAUCGCUUGGUGGCCUUGUGGCCCCGUUUUCCACUACCCCCUUUUGAACGGGGCAGUCUGCACACGACAGUGUAUUCUAAUCAUUAGUCCAGGCAGAACUGGGAAUGGUACCAAAGUGUUCUCAUUUUCAGGCCAACUGUCCUCUCCUGAUUCUUCUGAGUGUUUUCAUCCUGAAAGCCUCACAAGGAGGGGUGGGGAUUGGCAGGGGAGAGUAUCAACUGAUAAACAUUUUUAGAAGACCAAUUCAAAACAAAUCAGGCCUCUGGGUACAGCUAUUAUGUUUAAGUAAACAGGCCACUUGCCUAUUCAGCUGGCAGCUUGACGGAAGCCCACGCCUAGAUCCUGUCAGAAAUCACUCUGUGGUUGAGAGCGUGCCGGGCCCAGAGGUGCUGAGCUGAGCUGAGCAGGGCCGACGACGGCGGUGGCAGAAGCCUCCCAGGGGUGUUGAGCAGCCAUGGCCACCGAAGCCCCUGUGAAUUUAGCCCCCCCUGAACGCAGUCCUGGUGGAAGCACAGCGACUGACAGCUUCCUUUGGCAGCCAGACUCACUAAACAUGCAUGUCACGAGGCCCAAGUCCGCCAAGGGGCGUACUCGGCCAAGACUGCACAAGCGCCUGGGCAUGGAGGGGUGCUCUGGCCGCACACCACCUUCUCUGCCUCCGGCCAUUCCCUGCGAGUCGCCGAGCAACCAGAAACCGGGAGCCUGCACCCCCAAAUCUCCAGAUCAGGGAGCCUACAGUGAGAUCCCAGAGCUGCUGCAGCAGGUACCCUUUGGGGCAUCCUCUUCCCUCAAUAAAUACCCAGUCCUCCCUUCCAUCAACAGGAAGACCCUGGAGGAGGGCGCCCUGGAGACAGUCGCUAAGAAAGCCGGCUCCCUGCAGCUUAGCAGCGCCCAGGCUCUUUCCCAGGAGGAGACCUGCACCACGAAGAUGGGUGAAAAAGAUCCCCAGGCUCAAGCCUGUUCCCCAGAGAGGAGAGUCCUCGUGCGGACCGAGAGACAGACCUCCUCCAGGGCUGGAGACCUGGAAGAGCCAUCAGAUCAAGAGCCCAGACUGCUGCUCGCCAUCCGCUCACCCUCAGGCCGAAGGUUCGUCCGCCACUUCCGGCCAACUGAUGCCUUGCAGACCGUUGUGGCCGUGGCCGAGCACAAGAACAAGGCCACCUACCGACCCUGCAGCGUCGAAACGAUGGAGGUGCCCAGGAGACAUUUCUCUGACCUCAGCAAGUCUCUGCAGGACUGUGGAAUCCCCAACAAGUCGGUGCUGGGCAUCUCCCAGGAAGAGGGGGCAGGCUGGUCCUGAGUCCGCAGCCAUCGAACUGGGGUCGUGGGUGUCUCAGCGAGGAGCGUGCAUGGGUGCCACGGCCUCCUCGGCAGCUUGCUUCCAAGUGCCAUGUGGACCUGGUGCAUCUGUGGCUCUUGGGAUGCCCGCCUUCCAAGCAUCUUCUUCAGAGCCGUGAAAUCUACACACGCGCCAAAUGUGUUAAGAAGAUUUUCUUCCCGUUGUUCAAUUCUCUCCAUUGCUGGAGUGAACUGGCAAGUGACCAAGGCUGUUCCCCGAAGAGCUGUUCCCAGGCCUCCUUUGCUGCCCAGCUCCUUCCUGGAGCACCUGCUUGCCUUUACAAUGAACUUGCACUCGUUUGAAGCCAGUGGUUCACCUUUCUGUAUUUGAUGCAGGAUUAAACACUUCCCAGAGAGGAUUCUGGUCUGUUAAAUAACCAGGGUUGAGGAAGUACUGCACUGGCAUUUGUGUUUCUUGCAAGCAUCUUUAAGAAGCAGGCAAUUGACGCUGUUUGGGCAGCAGCCCCUCUGCCAGUCUCGAGUUCUUGGGGAUUACCAUUCGUUGAGGUGGUUUCAGAGGAAAGAACAGGUCUUUAGCUAAUACAGAUCCCCCAAGACAUCAACAUUUCCGAGAGAGUCCAAGAGCUGGAAAAUAAAUCCCUUCCAUAAACAGCGAGUAGCCAAGAGCCUCUUUAUAUUUUUAACAGAGUCUGACCAGGUUUACAAUUUUUGGUAGCUGCUCUCUGUGCACAAAAUUUCCCCCAAACUGAGAAAAGCCAGCAGAAUCUGACAUCAUUAGCUUUUGUCAGUGGUGGUAUCUUUUGGUUGUUUUUUUUUUUUUCCAUUUAU